CUAAUACAAGUUACGUUCAGCCAAAUGAGCCGUUCGCGAGCGAUCCAUAACUGUAUGGUUGCGUUCAUCACUAUUAAAACGCACUGAUGGACUCGACAUCCAGAGCCGGUGGAAUUACCUUUUAGAUUAAUAUUGACUUUGUUAAUAGGCUACGUUUGAAGUUGACGAUAUAACACAUUCUACAUCGACAAUGUUUUCAUGGGGAGAGAAUAUUCGCGAUGUUUUCGGUUUAGGAAAACUGAAAAGUAUCAAUAAUACCAACUCGGACAAUUACAGUAUUAAUUUCAUACGCACAAAAGAACCAAUUACGCAAAUCGCCGUGGGUAGUGAAGUUGCCGCGUUUAUCAGAUUCAGAAACGAUGGGAGACAACUCGUGUCCGUUGGUCGAAUGCAAGAGGACAGAAAUGAGACCACAUGGAAACUGAAGGCUGUCGACUGCAAAGAGAAAAUUCUGUCUCUGAGUUGUGGAGAUGCCCAUGUAAUUUUAUUGUCUGAAGGGGGCAGCGUUUUCUGCCUCAACCCAUCAUCUAGUGUGCCAAGAGCGGUGGGUAAACUAAAUCCGGUCAUUCAGGUUGCAUGUGGAGACCAGCAUUCAAUUGCACUAACCAAAGAUGGUGAAGUCUUUGCCUGGGGAAAGAAUUACAAUGGCCAACUGGGGCUUGGGAAGGGCAAGCCCCAGACCUUGUCAGACCCCCAACACCUGAAGUCCCUGUCAGGGACCCCCCUGGCUCAGAUCACUGCAGGGGGAGACCAUAGCUUUGCCCUGUCCCUCUCUGGAACUGUGUUUGGCUGGGGGAAAAACAGCACUGGCCAGCUGGGACUUGGGGACACAAUCGACAGACUUGCUCCAGCUCCUGUCACUUGCCUGAAUCCAAAGAAAACCAUUUUAGUUUGCUGUGGGGCAGAGCACACCGCUGUUCUGACAAAGGGAGGAAUCGUGUUUACGUUUGGUUCGGGUCGUUAUGGACAGCUUGGACACAACUCUCUCAGAGAUGAACUACGACCUCGACUUGUGGCGGAACUUUGGGGGUCAAAGGUGACACAGGUUGUCUGUGGAAGAGACCACACAUUAGCAUUUGUAGCCUCCCACAAAAAGAUCUACUCAUUUGGCCGUGGAAAGCAAGGGCAGUUGGGUAAUGGAGUCAAGAUCGAUCAGUCUGUGCCUUUGCCAGUACUGCUAACACAGGACCAAAUUGAUGACCUGGAUGUUGAACUUAUCUUUGCUGGAGGAAACCAUUCGUUUGCCUUGUGCAGCUCUGCUCCGGGAUCUGGAAAAGGAUUGAAUGAUUCACGUCUCAGAAAUGUGACUCUGAAAUUAGGUGAUGAGACCAUUAACAGAUGGAUUGCGGAAUGCGAUUCAAAGUCAUGGAAUGAAAUAAAGACUGAAAUCAAACGCAUAUUCUCUUCUGCAUCAUGUUUAAAUGGGAGCUUCCUUGACAAGAGCCGUGACAAACAUUACCAAACCUCGCUGAAGCACUCUGGCAUAGACUUGUCAGUCGUCCGAGUGGCUUCUCAGAAUCUGGCGAAAAAGGACAAAGUGCUUAAUGAGGUUAAAGGCGUUGUUAUGCGUUUUCUCCUCCCUUCCCUGAAUAACGAUCCCAUUGGGGUGGAGGAUCUGAGGAUAUACCUCAUUCUACCAGAGCUCCUGAGGGUUCUCCAAAAAAAGCAAUGCAGUACAGACAUUGUAGAGGGUUCUGCCGCUGCCAUUCUCAGGCUGAACCCAGACAAGCUCCUGAUCCUUGAGGGCCUGUGGUUGACACUGUCAGAGUCCUACUUCCGAACGGUUGUGAAAGCCUUUUGCUCAGUGACAUCAGGGUUUUUUGAACCGGGGGCGGAAAACCAUUGUUUCAAAUCGAUGACAAUUAUUUUGAAGGUUCUGCAAAGGCUUUAUGACGUCAACAGCAAAAGACACAGAAGACUUCCAGACACAACUUUCCACAUCAACAAUGUUGGUUCUAUAUUUCAGACUGUACAAAACUUAAAAUCAGAGAUGGAAGAGCAGGACAUUGAGUGGAAUUUUGGGAUCUCUGAUGUUGAUCAUGGAACAUACGUGACUACAAGAAAGAGGAUAUCGGACAUAAUCAAGUUGUAUGAGGAUGGCAUAAGCCUCCUGAAGAAGUACCCCUUUGUCCUGGACACAGAAGUCAAGUUGUCAGGAGUUUGGAUGGAUGAUUUAAAUUGGUGCAAAUCCUUUCAUCAGAGUGAAUACGGGCUUUGCCUUAAAUUGAUGGCGGUGGGCCGGGAAACACUUCUGGAUGAUACCUUUCAGUUUCUCCGACAAAUUACAUGCCACAUGGAUGAUCUGAAGGUGAAGUUUAAAGCGGAAAAUGGCUUGGAUUACGGUGGUGUAUCUCUGGAGUUCUUUUGCAUCCUCGCAAAUGAACUUCUCACAAUGAAUCCAAAGAUACUGGAGGUUGACCAGGAGUCUGGGCUGGCUUGGUUCACAACAGAUGACUGCGAUAUCACUGAUGAAUUCUACUUCCUUGGGAUGCUCUGUGGUAAAGCUCUGUAUAACCAGUGUGUACUGAACCUCUGCUUUCCUCUUGCGCUCUUCAAGAAACUUCUUGGUCUGAUACCAACAUUGGAUGACCUGAAAGAGUUGUCUCCAACUGAAGCGAGUGGAUUGCAGUAUGUGUUGGAUCAAGAUGAGGAUGUUGUUGAAGAUCUGUAUUUGGUUUUCAUGGACAAAAAACAAGAACUGAUACCGAAUGGAGAGAAGGUCUCAGUUACCUCGGUCAACAGGAAGAAUUAUGUGGACAUGUACGUUGACAUGAAACUGAACAAGUCGGUGCAGAAUCAGUUUGCAGAGUUUGAGCAAGGCUUUCUCAAAGGCUGCCCUAUAAAAACGUGGAAGAUGUUUCUUCCUGAGGAGUUGAUGUUACUACUACAGGGAGAAGAAAACUAUGAAUGGGACAAGUUGAGAGAGAAUGCCAAGUAUCUAGGAUUUAGGCCCACAGAUGACAUCAUUCAACAUUUCUGGAACGUUUUCACAGAGUUCUCGUUGGAGCAGAAAAAGACGUUUCUCACCUUCCUGACCGGAACGGACAGACUACCCAGAGGAAAAAGUCUUUCCAAGUUGCAGAUGACAAUCACUUGCUUAGAUUGUACUGAUCCAGAUGGACAUUAUCCAAAAGCUCAAACGUGCUAUGUUAAGUUAUUCCUACCAAACUACAGCAGUGUUGACAUACUGCGGAAGCAGGUUCUCCAUGCUAUCACCCACUGUGAAGUAUUUGGAGAUUAUUAAAAUUACUGAACUGGGAAGCCUGUAGCAUAUUUUUUAUAUUUCCUGUUUUUAAUGUAUUUUUUUCCAUUUAUUAUUAGUCAGUGUAACAUAUUCAGGUCUAAAAUUAUUUGCACAUUAAGAGUAGUCUUAAAUAUAGUUUUUCCCAUUUUCUCUUUACUUUAGCUUUGCAAAAGGCCUCAAUUAAGUAAAGAUGCAAUUAAUAGUUCCCUAGUGACAAUCCCAUAAUUAGGAGUAUUUUUUGGAUAAUCAAUGGUGUCUGUCUAUUUUAAGUGUGAAAUCACUACUGCAAUAAUUUUGCUCUAAGCUUACAUCAGGAUUCUAACUGUCCUUGACUGUUGAUAGUUCCUUUGCAGUUCCUCUUUGUGAAAAGUUGCGACAAACCUGGCUUUGGAGUGUUGAGUAAUUAAAGACUAGUUCUCACCACUGGCCUGUAAUUGGCAACAUUCUUUAGAGGUGUAAAGAUAACUAGAACUAUGAAACGGGUAUUUGGCGCAGUGUGAGGAAAGAACGGAGACCAUUCAAUUGGUAGGUAGUGCUGUUACAUAUUUCAGGGGUUAGAAUAUUGAAGGGUCAGGAAAAGUAAAAUGUCAAUUACAUGGUAUAUCUAUUAGGUUUUCUUGCAUCUUUCUCUCGCUCUGUCUCUCUGGUGUUCAUUAUUGUUUACUGUAUAAAAAAGUGUACAUAUAAAUUGUUGAUACUGCA